AUGGCACGGGCUUUAAGCAUAGUCCGCUCUAGAUCCAUCUGCAUCGUUGCAAGUGGCAAGAUUUUAUUGUUUCUAUUGCUGAGCGAUAUCCCAGCGUGGUCUUUUCCCAGCACUGGGCCCUCAGGACACGGAGAGUCUGCCUCAGGCACGUGCACCCAGGUGCGGCCGCCCCACAGGGGUACUCUCCAAGUGCUGCGCGGGGACGGGGCCUCUGUGGGGACUGUCGUCGUGUUCCACUGCCCCUCAGGACACCAGAUGGUGGGGUCUGGCCUCCUCGCCUGCACCUGGAAGGGGAGCGUCGCUGAGUGGUCUUCGGAGACCCCUGUGUGCAAAGCUGUGACGCCCCAUGAGACCUUCGGCUUCAGAGUGGCUGUGAUCGCCUCCAUCGUCAGCUGCGCCAUCAUCCUGCUCAUGUCCAUGGCCUUCCUCACCUGCUGCCUCUUGAAGUGCGUGAAGAGGACCGAGCAGCGGCGCUUCGACAGAGCUGCCCAGCUGUGGCUCCAGCUGCGAGGUGAAGACCUGGGGACGCUGCAGGCCACCUACCUGGGCCUCCCGGGCUUGAAGAGCAGCAGCGGCAACGUGGGGCCCAGAGGCCAGCCUGGCCAGGAGCGUGGCCACCACAGCUUCACCACAGACCUCGGAGCGCUGGCUGGUGUGGCCGGCUGCGUGGACAAGGACCCCCGGGCCCCUGGCAGUGCCGCCUGCUCACCCUGGGCCCCGGUGACGGUGCCCAGUGAACCCCGGGAAGACCCCGCCUGCCCCCGGGCCCACCGCUGCAAGGCCCAGACAGCCCCGGCCCGAGCUGCCCUCCAAACCGAGGCGACCAGGCCGACACGUCAGCUGGCCACCAGUGUUUCCACGUGUGUCCAGCUCGAGGCGGGUCAGUGAAGUGAGCGUCUGGUUCCAGGAUCCUCAGGCCUGCUGCUGACCUGGGCGUGCCCUGUGCCUGCAGCAGCUGUGACAGCCGGGCUCCUGGGAAUCGCCCUGAGGCGGGCAGAGCAGCGGCAGCCCCCAGCCGGAGACCUGAGCGGCUGGACAUGAGGACAUCUGCUCUGCACAGCCCAGAGGGGGUGGACAGCCCGUCCUGGCUCCCAGCGGCCAGGCUGCCUCCACAGGGAGUGCUCCUCCCAGGGUCUGCGCGGUUGUGGGGCGGGUGGGAAGUAAACAAGUCUCAAACUGAAAAUCGCAGAGGGGAAACUGCUCAGUUCAACCCCUGCGAGCCACUCAGGGGAAGUGUCUCCAGCCUUUCCCCCAC